AUGUUCAUGCUGCAGAUUUCGUUUGCCCGGUUGCCACAAAACCUCGAUGCCGAAGAUACUGCUUUCCAGAUGGAUAUGGUCAGCAACCCACCUACCACCACUACCACUAAUCGGCUUUCUUCUGCAGAUGCGUUCGAUAUCGAUGACUUCGUUUUGCUGUCAACGCAGAUUGUCAAUGCGACAGGAGCCGAACCACUGCCACCAUCUGCUUUGCCUGAUAAGCUACGACCGUAUGUUCUCCCUGCCGUUCUUUACGACGCUCUCAUAGAAUAUUAUGGUAACGCGUAUGGUGACCAAGGUGUACAAUUUGCUGGUUACGUUGAGGCGGAAGACGGAUUGGUUGUUGUGCGGCCGAAUGUUGCAAUGUUCUCUCUCGUCUGA